AUGGGAGACGAUCACGAGGACCUAGAAUGGGAACUGGAGGAGGGUAUUCCUCAGUUUGAGGACCCCUUCAUUCAGCAGUACCUCAAAGGACGCGAUGCGUUGAUCCAGGAAGAGCAAAAGCGACGUCACGGUAUCGUUGAGACUGCUGCGAAAUCAAACUUCAUAUCUAAUCGGAUUUUAGAUGCCAAUUUGCGCAAAUCUCUUUCUCCAAUCGCCGCCCGGGCGGCAAAGAUUGUAUCGCAGAUCCGUACCCAGGAGCAGCAUGAGGUAUGGACUGCUGGAUUAGACGAAGCGACUGCUCAUCAGUCAGAUGAGAUUCUCUACCCGGGUGUCAUGUUCAAUCUGGCGAAAAACCGCAUGGAGAAGACCAAGCUGUGGAAAAUCGUCGAUAAGAUGCCCAAGGGAUCGCUUCUCCACGCUCACAUGGAUGCCAUGUUCGAUAUCGAAUUUCUGGUCGACCUGGCAUUUUCUACGCCAGGUAUACACAUCUUGGCACCGAAACCCUUGCUCACCGAUACGGACUACGAGUGGGCGCCCGUGUCAUUCCAGUAUUCCUCGCAACCCGUAGAGGCCUCAGAGGACAAGCCUAGCAUAUGGACAGAGACGUACGAGCCUUCUUCGCUGAUCUCGAUUCAAAAGGCGGCUUCUUCUUUCCCCAAGGGAGGCGAAAAAGGGUUCCGGGAAUGGCUGAGCAGUCGAUGCGUGCUUUUACCAGAACACUCAUAUCACCACUACCACGGCGUGGAUGCAAUCUGGUCUCACUUUGCGAAGACGUUCCCAGUGAUUGACUCGAUUUUGAUGUAUGAGCCCAUUUUCAAAACCGGUCUACUCCGCCUGCUAGGACAACUUGCCGCGGAUGGGAUCCGAUACGUGGAGUUCCGCUAUGGCUUCAGUAAUAACUACAGAAGGGAGGGACACGAUGAGCCCGACGAGGACUUAUUCGGGUGGUUCCAGAUGGUGGAAGAUGUGGUGGAGCAAUUCAAGAAGACAGAGGCAGGAAAGGACUUCUACGGUGUUCGCAUCAUCUGGGUUACGCUGCGCCGUUUUUCCAACAAGGCCAUUGUCGAGACUAUGAAACAAUGUAUCGCGACGAAGCAGGAAUUCCCCGAUAUGAUCUGUGGAUUCGACCUUGUCGGACAGGAAGAUUUAGGGAGACCUCUUGCUGACCUUGUUCCUGUGCUGUUCUGGUUCCGAAAACAAUGCGCCGAGGGAGAAGUAGACAUACCCUUCUUUUUCCACGCCGGAGAAUGUUUAGGUGAUGGCGAUGAAACAGAUCAGAAUCUCUUCGAUGCUAUCCUUCUCGGCACGCGGCGAAUCGGUCACGGGUUUUCCUUGUUCAAGCACCCCUUGCUUAUUGAUCUUGUCAAAGAGAAGAAGAUUCUCAUUGAAUGCUGUCCCAUCUCUAACGAGGUUCUCCGCCUUACCAGCUCCAUCAAAGCUCAUCCUCUGCCUGCGUUGUUGGCCAGAGGUGUCCCGGUCUCAUUGUGCAACGAUGACCCCGCUAUUCUCGGUCAUGGGAGACACGGAUUGACCCAUGAUUUCUGGCAAGUCUUGCAAGGAUUGGAAAAUGUGGAUUUGGUCGGACUAUCGAUGAUGGCUCAAAAUUCCAUCCGAUGGAGCUGCUAUGAAGAUCAGUCGCCCGCCGAGUGGAAAGCCGGCAUCCAAAAUGGGGUUAUGGGCAAAGGGCUAAAAUCCGAGCGCUUGCGUGAAUUCGGCUCAGAGUUCGAGAAAUUUUGCGAAUGGAUUGUGCUGGAGUUUGCUGAAUUUGAUGUUGAUGAUGAUUGA